AACAAAAUGAAGUCCACUGGCAAUUAUACAUUGCUAUUAGUCAUCGCUACUUGUAUCUUGUCGCAAAAUAUUGUCGGCGCACAACAGCUAAUCGCGUAUCUCUCUCAGCAUGGCCUUCACGGUGAGAUUACCUUCCGUCAAGCGAAUGCAACAAGUGUGGAGAUCAACGCCAAAUUAGAGACCACACUACAAUACCCGGAACAAGUGUGGAGUUGGGGCGUCAGACAGUUUCCUGUAGAUUAUACUGAUAUUGAUCCAGGGUCGCGUUGUAGUGUGGAGAAAUUGGGCGCACAAAUAGUGAAUUUCGACGAAGAGCUUGACUUUCUGAUGUUGCCCGGCAAUGAGUCCACCACCUGGUAUCGUGAUAUGACUUUAAUAGGUGAAAAUGGUAUUUGGGGCAAAUCUCUCGUUCUAACCGAAGUCGGUUCGCAUGCGCGCAUUUGUGCCACCAUCACCACCAUACAGAUGUCAGUGGAGCAUAUGGCAGAGGCACGUUUUAACACACCCAUUGCGGGCUCUGUGCAUUUUCGUUGGUUGGCGCCAGUAGAUGGUGCAGGCGGUGACACACUGAUCUACUCGGAUCUCUAUCACAUACAAGCACAACCGCCUAACGAUGAUCCCAGCAAACCUAUGACACGUCAUAGUUGGAAAAUUUUCGUCACCGACAUAUUCAAAAAUGAUCAUCAUCGCACUGAAGAUAAUUGCAAUUUCUUGCAAUUGGUAUUCGAUCCACAAGGUUAUGGCGAGAACAAGGGUAUAGGUGAUCUGGACGCUAGAUUGGGCAAGAUAAGUGUGGCGAAGAAUGCUUUACAAACGUCACAACGCGCAGUUUAUAGAGAUGAUAAAUUUGUGUUGUUGCCCUCAGAUUUAUCUAUACCGCAUCGCACGCUCUACCUGGUGUUAUUCGAGGAUCAACAUCCGGAUAACUUUCUGGCAUGUACACAAAUUCGCCAUGUGGAACCACUGACAUACAAAACCUUCUUGAACUCUGGUGGCAUUAAGGGUGAAAUAACGUUUACACAACGCUCUCGCUUUGAUCCGACUUUUCUGAAUUUCACGCUCGAAUCGGCUGGCAAACAGGCACGUUUUGUUAAUCGCAAAUUUGCUGAAGACGUCUCUGCAUUUCGUGUACAUACUCUACCUCCGGUGCCACAUCGCAAAGGUCUACCAAGUUACUGUGAAUCCACUGGUGGCCUAUAUAAUCCACGCGAACUGGAAAAAUCUGCCAUACCACCACCAGGUUUCGGCACACAAGAUCAAUAUCCCACUGGAGAUUUGAGCGGAAAAUUACAAAGUCGCAAUAAGGAUUACUAUCAUAACUAUUUACUGCCAGGUGCUAGUUCAGAACUAAGCGGUCUGUACUGGGACACAUUUUUACCAUUACAAGGACUUAAUAGUAUCGCACACCGCGGUAUGGUCAUCUUCACUUAUAAUCGCACAAAUGUUGAUAACAUUACUGAAAAUCCAUGGAGCUGUUCGUCUAUAACACAAUACCUUAAGAAUGGGUUGUAUCAGAAACCGAUGUAUACAGCGCAGGUGCUACUCCGCUAUCCGGUGGUGGGACGCGUACUCUUUCGUCAGCCGGUUGAAGAGCCUUGGCAAGACACCACCGUCAUAUUUGAAUACUUAAUACAUGCCGAUGGUUCCACACAAAACAAUACAUUCGAACAUCGUUGGGCCAUACAUAGUAAUGCGCCGGGCAAAGAUUUUUACGACUGGCAGAAUCGCUGUCUUUCCACCGGUAAUGUUUUCAAUCCACACAAAGUACAGUGGGGCAAUCGUUCGCUCGAUGACUAUUGUAAACCACAUUUGCCGACAAUGUGUCGUGUGGGAGCUUUGGAUACACGCGUGGGCAAGCUAACCAUAGCGGGUAGAAAGAAAAAUGCCGAGAAGCUGAGUCGUCUCAUGUUUACGGAUACGAAUUUGCCCUUAUCGGGUAGACAUAAUAUAUUGGGAAAGUCAUUAGUUAUCUACGAUGAUUUCGGGCCCGUAGCGCGCGGCGAACGGCUAGCAUGCUCUGUCAUUAUAGGACACUUUCGACGCAAAGUAGUGGCCAAAGACUGGUAUGCCAAUGGAGAUGAAUUGACCGUUAAUGGGCGCUUGGAAAUCACACAGCAAUCGGAAUACGAUAUUAGCAACAUCGAGGUGCAGUUGAAGGGGUUAAAGGAGAACAGCGGCUAUCACAUACACAUGACACCAGUUGAAGCGAAUCUUGAAUUUCCUUGUGAAGCCACAACACUCUAUGGUCACUGGAACCCCUUCGAUAUAAAUGUCAAAUCAUCCCCGCCACCCAAGCAAGGCACAACCGAUCAGUAUGAAAUGGGCGAUCUGAGUGGCAAAUUCGGCACACUCGAUGAGCUUGUGCAGUACGAAGACGCCUAUAAUGACACAAAUUUACCGCUUUUCGGUUACAACAGCGUGAUCGGUCGUUCGGUGGUAAUACAUAAGAAGCGUCGAAAUGCACGCUGGGCCUGUAGUACGCUGGAGCGCGGUUACAGCCCCAGCGAGGCGCGUGAGAUACGUGCAAUAGCUUCGUUUCAUCAUCCGACCGGCUAUGCUUAUGGUUAUAUCAAAAUGACACAACUAAUACAUGUGGACGGUAGUCAAUCGGAAACUGUUAUCGAGGUGAAAUUAAGGCAUCCGGGCAAAAACGAUCGAAAUAUGACCCAUAAUCACAACUGGCAAAUAUUUGUGAAUCCUGUCGGUGUGGAUGCUGCAGUCAAACCCACCAUAACACGUUGUGUUGCCGGCGGUUAUGUGUGGAACCCAUAUUAUACCCAACUAGCAGAUCCGUUAAAUCGUGAUUUGUACGAGCAGGAAUGUGGUCCCGAUAAUCCACUACGUUGCUAUGUAGGCGAUGUUGGCGCGCGACUUGGCACAAUAAACCUCGGCGUGGAGCGUGUUGUCCUCACAGACUCUAACUUUCCGCUUGAAGGACCUGUGGGUGCCAUCGGUCGUUCAAUAGUCAUCUUCGGCCCUGAAUACUCCUCGGAACGCUUUGCGUGCGCUAAUAUUGAACCGGAUCAUAAUGUUUUUAAAUAUGUUAAUUUACAGAAACCACCGAGAUUCGUUGUCGCACAAUUUUUGGAAGAACUACGCUCGGUGAUGGGUAUUCCAGAAUGGAUGUUGGAUGUGGACGCGCGUAAAACGAAGGAGUUGCAUGGAGGCGCCUGCAUUCAAAUGAUCAUACACUUUAAGGGACCGAUUGCUCAUCGCUUGGAAUUGGAUAUGUCACGCCUAAUUGCUGCUGGUCGUUUAGAUGCGCCUAGUCUGUUCAUUCCCGGUUAUGUGAACACCAAAAGAAAAGCCACCAUUUCGUAUAGAACUUGUGGUGUGCGGGAUCCAAAUGAGAAACGCACUAAGACGUUUUACGGAAGUUUCACCAACCGUUCAAGUCAUUCGCUGCCAAAUUACAUAUUACUCACAAUUUUGAUUGCGCUGAGUUUAUAUUGAUCUUCAAUAUUUGUUUACCCAAAUACGCAAACACAUACAUACACACCUAUGUACUUAAAGAUGUACAUAUAGUCGAGAGUUGAUUAAAAAUCGCACCUUGUUGUAUAAUUUUUAUAUCAUUUUAGUGCAUAAAAGCGAUGAAUAAAUAAACAUAAUUUAUUUUUAAAACCAAAUACUCUUUCUCUAUCUCUCUCAACGGCUGCGCUCAGCAAUAUUUACAGCUUUUGAAUCUCUUUCACCACAAUGCCGUCACCUUUCACUGGUAGAGACCGGCAU